UCCGACGAAGGAAGUCUUGCUAGGCGGGAAACAAUCUCUCUACUUUUGAUAGUUUACUUUAUUUGUUGAGCGUAUCUUUUGGAGACUCGGAUUCGGAUCGCCGAGUUUGACCAGGUCCUGUUGAGCACGCGGCUCGUUGUGAGAAUGUGGUGAGAUUGGUUGACGUUUGAUGCCCUGGUUUGAUAGCAAAUGCUCAAGAUCGUGACAUAGUUUCUAGUUUUUUAUUAUUGCGGAUUUUGUCCCCCCUCCGGAUCGUUUGUUUUGGUGAAUUGCGGCAAAACGGUGGCGCGCAAAGAACCAUUGCGGCAUGAGAUGGUGGAAGGAAGGGUGCGUUUAUCCAAGGAGAUAAAAAAUGGGUUAGAGUUACUGAAGCGUAAAAGGCUUCAACGAAUAAAAUCAGAAUCCAUUUCUGGGGCAUCUGAUGUCGUAAAUAUGAUGGCUAGAAGUGGAGGAGAUGCUUUGAGAGUUUCAGCAUCAAGUGGACUGAGGUUACAACGGAAUGCUGAAUCAUUUUCUAGGUCAAAUGGUGUUUUAUGUGAGAAGGAUGUCUUUUGUAAGCGCAAGGUUGAUAAGUUUGACACUAGUGAUCUAGAAUGGACUGAGAAAAUUCCAGAAUGUCCUGUGUACUGCCCUACAAAGGAAGAGUUUGAAGAUCCUUUAGUUUACUUGCAGAAGAUAGCUUCCGAAGCUUCGAGAUAUGGUAUAUGCAAGAUUGUUUCCCCUGUAGUUGCCACUGUUCCUGCUGGAGUUGUAUUGAUGAAGGAGAAAGUAGGAUUCAAGUUCACAACUAGAGUACAGCCUUUUCGUCUUGCUGAGUGGGAUACUGACGACAGAGUCACCUUUUUCAUGAGUGGAAUAAAUUAUUCAUUUCGUGAUUUCGAGAAAAUGGCGAACAAGGUGUUUGCUCGUAGAUAUUAUAGUGCUGGUUAUCUUUCUGCAACUUACUUGGAAAAAGAAUUUUGGCAUGAAAUUGCUUAUGGGAAGACAGAAAGUGUUGAAUAUGCUUGUGAUGUUGAGGGUAGUGCCUUUUCUUCUUCUCCCAGUGAUCCACUUGGAAGUAGCAAAUGGAAUUUAGAGCAUUUCUCACGGCUUCCAAAGUCCACCUUGCGACUUCUUGAAACAGCAAUUCCGGGAGUAACUGACCCUAUGCUUUACAUAGGAAUGCUAUUUAGUAUGUUUGCUUGGCAUGUGGAAGAUCAUUAUUUGUAUAGCAUUAACUAUCAUCACUGUGGGGCUUCAAAAACUUGGUAUGGUAUUCCUGGCCAUGCUGCUUUAAAAUUUGAGAAGGUUGUCAAAGAACAUGUGUAUGCCAAUGAUAUCCUAUCUGUGGAUGGUGAGGAUGGAGCUUUUGAUGUGCUUUUGGGUAAAACAACGUUAUUUCCUCCAAGUAUUUUGUUGGAUCAUGAUGUCCCUGUCUACAAGGCUGUGCAGAAGCCUGGAGAGUUCGUAAUUACUUUUCCAAGGGCAUACCAUGCUGGAUUCAGUCAUGGUUUGAACUGUGGUGAGGCUGUGAACUUUGCUGUCAGUGAUUGGUUUCCUUUGGGGGCUUUAGCUAGCUUGCGCUAUGCAUAUCUCAACAGGGUGCCUCUCCUUCCUCAUGAGGAACUAAUCUGCAAAGAAGCUAUGCUUCUCUAUACAGGUUUAGAAAUGGAAGAUUUGGAUUAUUCGCCAGCAGACUUGGCCUCUCAUCAUUGCAUCAAGGUUUCGUUCAUAAAGAUGAUGCGAUUCCUGCACUGGGCCCGUUGGUCUGUCUUGAAAUCAAGGGCAUGCACCAGUAUAUCCCCAAAUUAUUAUAGAACAAUUGUCUGCACUUUAUGCAAACGCGAUUGUUAUGUUGCAUUCAUUAACUGCAGCUGCUACUCUCAUCCUGUUUGCCUGCGACAUGAUAUCAAGUCCCUGGACUUCCCAUGUGGGAGCUAUUAUGGUCUUUUCUUGAGGGAUGAUGUUGGAGAGAUGGAAGCUGCUGCCAAGAAGUUUGAGCAAGAUGAUGCCAUAUCAAAAGAAUUUGAGCAACAAGAUGAAAAUGGGAAUGACUUGUAUUUGUAUCCACAGUCAGAUAAGUUACAGACUGAUGUAGAGGAUGGAUACUUCCCAUACUGUGAGAUUAAUGUUGCUUUGAGUCCUGGGAUUGAUGCAAUAAAUGCAACAAUGGGUGAACCAUUAGGACAUAUAUCAUCUACGAGCCAUGUCUCCAGAAAAUUUCAAACUGAGCCAACUGACGCUUUCUCUUCUUUUGCCGCAUCAACUCCUUGUACCAUUUUGGAGCAAGUUAGAUCCUCACUAAAAGAUGUACAGAGGGUAGCUGACCAAGUAGGCAUUAAUGGUAAAAGAUUCCCUGAAGAAGUCUCAGAAAAUACACAUGAAUAUUCUACUUCCUGUUUGUCACGUGAACCAUUUAGUAGGCCUAUAAUGGACGAAGACAGUGGUAGUUCUGAUUCACAGAUAUUUAGGUUUAAACGGCCUUUUUUGAAGGUUGAAACAAGAUUUGGGAAUGACAACGUGUCAUCAAAGAACCCAGAACAACAGGGGAUUAAGCGGCUAAAGAAACUCCAAGAUAAAGGAAGAUGUGAGCAAUCGGUGCCAUCUGCAUGUUGUAGAAGUGACGAAUCAAAUCGCAAUGUGAAUCGCAGUUAUUAUUGUAACGAAGCUCCAAAUAUCAGUGUGAAGGACAGAUUUGGAAGAGGCGCCCUUCCCAUUCCCAUUUCUAUCAAGUAUAAGAAGUUGGACCGCGAGGCAGAAAUGAGCAGGCUGCAGGAGCACGACAAAAAUGAUAGGCUCCGGCAGGAGUUAGGGAAAAGCAAGAGGGAACCUCCUUCAGAGAUUGGUCCAAAGCGCCUUAAAGUGAGAGGCCCAGUUGAUAGACGUGCAGAAACUGAUGGUUGGUAGUUGGGUUUGUGACCCUGGAUCCUGAUUUUAGCCAAGUCCAUUCCUUCUAAAUGGAGUUCUAACAGUAACACCGAAAUUUUAAAUUAUCAAUUCAACUCAGGGAAAGAAGCAGCGGAAGAUUAACCAAGCUUAGGACAUAAAAUAUUUUUAUUUGUUGUGCAGGCCUCCUAAACUGGGGCAAUUGCACGUCCUAGUAGUGAUUCUUGCAGGACGUGUGUUCUCCCGUCUAUGGCAGGAGAACCAACCUUAACGAAAAGUAGAAUCCGGGUUAGUGUAAUUUACUUUUGUUUUGUAAAUUUAUUCUUUUUAAUCUUUUUCUGUUUCCCUGCUAGUU